UGGCAGUUGGGGAAAACAUGGGCAAUGAGGUUGGUCAAGGCAGCUCAGAAAAGCAGGGUGGAAGCAGAAAGCCCUGGAAGAAAACAGGAAUUGUGGCAGAAGGGGAAGGAUUAAAGUCGAAGGAAAUGGAAAUAAAGGGAAAAGAGGUGAGCAUAUUAGUCAAAACUGUUGGAAGAGGUGGCUGCGUCUUUAAAUACAGAUAUGGUAUACAGCAUUGUGGGAAGACUCAGUUCAGACAUGGAGUCAAAUAGUAGAUUAUACUAACCUUAUAGGUCAAACCAGUGCUUUUUUCUAAAAAAAUGGUUAGGGGUACUCUCAUUUUCCUACUCAUUUUGAAGUUCUGCCCCUCACUGAGGCCAAACUUAGAUUCACAAAAUGUUUAGGGGUAUGCGUCCCCCUGCGUCCCCCCAGAAAAAAAGCACUGGGUCAAACCAUGGUUUGUGUUUUUCAAACAUUCAGAGAACAUGGUUUAGAACUGCCUUUCCAUCUGUUUAGCAAUCCCAUCUCUUAAGCUUCAGCUGUUUUGGCAGGCAGUGAAAUGACCACUUUUUAUGGAUCUUCAGUUCAGUCCUCAUGCCAAACCCAUAGUUAGCUAUCCAAUUUCAAGCCAUGUUUUUGGAUUCUAGUUUGCUGGCCAGUUACAAACCAUAGUUAAAGCUUUCGCAACCAUGGUUUGGCAUGAUAUGAAUUGUGCCGGUGUCCAAGAGACUUAGCUGGACACUUGGUCCUACCAAUUUCAAUAUGUUGAAGAAAAUCGAUAACCAGUCUCCUGCCUGAAUGAGGUUCCAUCUGCACUGUACGGCGUUUCCAUGUGCUGCUCUGGUUUCAGUGUUCCGUUGCACCAGAAGCGGCUUAGUCAUGCUGGCCACAUGACCUGGAAAAACUGUCUGUGGACAAACGCCGACUUCCUCGGCCAGUAAAGCAAGAUGAGCACCGCAACCCGAGAGUCAUCUGCAACUGGACUUAACUGUCAGGGGUCCUCUACCUUUACCUUUUAUAGUACUUUAAAGUGUCAUGGCUUUCCCCAAAGAAUUCUGUAAAGCGUGCUGAGAGUUGUUAGGAGACCUGCAUUCUCCUCACACAGCAACAAUUCCCAAAGCUCCCUGAGAAGAGGGAUAGAUUAUUACACUACUCUGUAAGUUGUAGCUCUAUGGGGAGACUAGGGGUCUCCUAACAACUCUUGAAACUUUUAAACAACCUAUAGUUCCCAGGAUUCUUUGUGGGAAGCCAUGACUGUUUAAAGUGGUAAAACAGUGCUUUAACUUUGUAGUGCGCAAGUCUUUGCAGUUCUCCAGCAAGAAGGUUUUAGAAGGGCUGAGAACAAAAAUUGUAGGAACCACCAGGGGUGUUGGUGGGAAGAUGAGUCAGGAAUAAAUGUGAUGACCGAGAGAGAAACCUCAGCAAAAGCAGCAAUGGAGUUUAGGCAGCAGAUGGAUGGCAAAGAUGGAUGCCAACUCCUUGGCGUGACCCGCUAUAUAUUGUGGAAUGGUUUCACAAUGUCCCUAAACUUUCAAAGUGGAAAAGAAAGAUUGUGUGGUGGAUUGCUGCCUCAGCGUUUACUGUAGCAAAGAGCUGAAUCGGGAAGCUGGCCUGGCAAUGACUAACGAGGAAGGGAAGGUAUAAAGGAUGUUUCUGGGUUCUUUUUUUUUUACGUCACAUUGUUUUGGAUGGUAACUGCCUGUGUUUUCUGGACGAAAGUCUGCUCCCUGUGAGGUGGAGAAGGAGGAGGUUCAGACACUUUAUCUGAAUAGCAGUGAUAGGCUAGCAGGUGUUCAGGCACUCAGUCCGGAUUAACAUCCCAUUGGCUGCCUUCCCAGUUGUGGUUGCAGAGGAUCUGGGACUGGGGUCCCAGCAAGUUCUACACAGGAGGAGGGAUAAGGAGAUGAAGGAAACUUAAUUCCACUGAAACCAAUGAGGCUUCAAAACAGGUGGCUAACCUUUGGCCCUCCAGCUCCUAUAAUUCCUGAUAAUUGGCCAUACUAGCUGAAGAAGAAGAAUAGUUUGGAGUUGAUACCCUGCCUUUCACUCCCCUUAAGGAGUCUCAAAGCGGCUAACAUUCUCCUUUCCCUUCCUCCCCCACAACAAACACUCUGUGAGGUGAGUGGGGCUGAGAGACUUCAGAGAAGUGUGACUGGCCCAAGGUCACCUGGCAGCUGCCUCUGAAGGAGCGGGGGAGCGAACCCGGUUCACCAGAUUACGAGUCCAUCGCUCUUAACCACCACACCACACUGGGGCUCCUGAGAGUGAUAACUCAGCCACUUUCUUGACCACACCUCCGUGGCUUAAUUGGCCAUGCCACCCUUCCAGGUCGGGGGCUACCAGCUGCCACUGCUAGAAAGAGUCAGUCCUCUAGCUCUUGGAUAGAGAGGUAAAGGUAAAGGUAAAUGAGCCCCGGACGGUUAAGUCCAGUCAAAGGCGACUAUGGGGUUAUGGUGCUCAUCUCACUUCAGGCUGAGGGAGCCGGCGUUUGUCCACAGACAGCUUUCCGGGUCCUGUGGCCAGCAUGACUAAACCACUUCUGGUGCAAUGGAACACUGUGACGGAAACCAGAGCACACAGAAACGACAUUUACCUUCCCGCCACAGCUGUACCUAUUUAUCUACUUGCACAGGUAUGCUUUCAAACUGCUAGGUUGGCAGAAGCUGGGACAGAGCAACCGGAGCUCACCCCGUCCUGCGGAUUCAAACCGCCGACCCUCCGAUCAGCCAAGCCCAAGAGGCUCAGUGGUUUAGACCACAGUGCCACCUGCGUCCCUUUUGAUAGAGAGGAGUGUGCAGACACUAGCCUACUGUACAGUGGUAACAUUUAUAUUCUUGGCUCUGGCCACUUUUGCCUCAGGCCCUGCUCACCACUUGUAGGUGGUCCCUGGGAGGUUCUUCAAGGGAAAGCUGCCUACGGGCUGAAAGAGAUUUCUGCGCCACUGCUCUAGGAGACGACAGCCUUUAAUGUGUCUUCCCCCAGUGGCUUCAGAUCAGCACGUCUUUACUUAUCCUAUGGCAAGUUUAUGUAGCUGUUUUCAGGGCAAGCAGAGUCCUGUGCUGAAACAGAAUGCCCACAGGUUUCCCUUUCUCAUUCAUGUGUGUGGAGAGACUGACUGCCUUGAGACUCUAGGAAAGCAGGGCUUCAACAAGUUCCUUAUCUGAUUGCAGUGCCCUCUUGUGCGUCAGAGCGCUUGGUUUUAUAAUUGUGGUUCACUUGUUAAUCUUUCAAUGCCAGUAUCUGCAAGGUGCUGCAAAUAAGCAGUAUUUCGCUUUAAUUGAAGGUCAAGUGUCUCUGUGGAAUAUGUGAAGAUUGUAGAUGGAUCAGUGAUGGGCUCUUGAAGCCAUCUAGAUAACUCAGGAGCAUUAAUAGUUCCUUUUUCUCCCUCCCAGGAACAUACACAACUCUUCACAUCCUCUCGUUUGAUUCAUCCCUUGUGUUUUAUACCUGAGGAAGUCAUUGGAAUAAUACCUCCCACCAACACUGGGGAAGAAAAAAACCCCUCCCUAAUUUGUAAUGCUGUAUUUACUUUACCUUCACUUACAUUUAGUGCUUAAGACAGCCUUUCCCAACCUGGUGCCCUCCAGGGUACAAGGCAGCUGGAGGGCACCAGGUUGCGAAAGACUGGUUUAAACCAUUUGAAGGAGAAGGGAAAAUAAUGUGGGUCUCUAGAAGCACAAACAUUAGCAAGACACACAAUAUAAUAAAGGUUCCUCUUGGAGAUUGUGGCUUCACUUUGUUCUGUGUUUGGAGUUAAACAAACAACAGUGCUAGUUUGGACAUAAUGCUGAGCCAGGGACCAUGGUUUGUUGCUCCCCUGUGUGUUCCAUCUGUGUUCUAACUUGAAUAGGGACAAGGUUUUUAGAUUUAUACUACAUGUGCUAAGUGUCUCACCCUUGUAUAUCUUCGUUAUCAACAACUCUCUGUGUGUCUGUAGCCUCCAUAUUUAAUAAUGCAAUUAUUGCUGUCUGCACCCUGCUUCAUUUCCCUUUCUUUUGAUCCCAGCAUUUACAAUCCCCAUCAGCAACAGCAACCAAUGUGUAGACAUGUAACUUAGGCUAGCACACCAUGUAUUUGAUGGAGUGCGGUCUACAAAAGCUUAUGCCGCAAUAAUUUGCUAUUAUUUAGGUGCCACAAGACAUUUUCCCAUUAACUAUGGUUUACUGUGACAUGCAAACAGAGCCAUUGUGAUGUAACACUUAGAGUGUCAGACCAGAACUGUGAAGACCCAGGUUCAAGUCACUGCUCAGUCAUGUAGCUCACUGACCUAGGACCAGUCACCCCUCUCACCUUAACCUGCCGAGGCUUGCGGCUCACAGGGCAGGUACAAGACAAGAUAAAUCAGGAACCUGAACAGUUCCCAGCAAGUCUUGCUAGCUGAAUUUGGAAAGAUGGUGUUUCAGCAAAAGCCUGCCUAUCCCUGCUAAUGAGCUGCUUGCCAAUUUUAUAGGACCAGUAAUAGUAUAGGACCACCUCGCAGGAUUGUUGUGAGAAUAAAACAUCAAGUAAUAAGUGUUCUGUUAGAACCCUUCCCCAUGUUAUCUUUUGGAAUAAAGCUAUCAACAACUACUAGUCAUGCUGGCCGUGUUAUAUACCUCUGCUAUAAGAGGCAGUAUGUCUCUGAAUGCCAGAUGUUGGAAACUGCAGGAGGGGAGAGUGCUGUUGUGCUUCCCACAGGCAUCUGUUUGGCCACUGUGAGAACAGGAUGUUGCUGUGCCAUUGGCCGGAUUGAGUGGGGCGCUUCUUAUGGUUCAGCACUGCUAGUGAUGUCAUAAACACCGUCCAGUGCAUGCCCAGGACACUUGUGUAAUCUGGUUUCAGAUGCUGCUCACAGCUUACUGGAUGUACUGACAGGACUCAGGAAGUCAGAGUCUGGAGAGAUAUCUCUUGGUGGGCUCUUCUUGAAUAAAUCUAGUGUGCCUGAUUGCAGCAAGAUGUGAUGCAUGCUUUGGCUUGGGGGAGAAUUGGUUUUUCUUAGGGACAAAAUAUUGUCAUUUGAGCACCGGAAAAAUGUGUCUUCACACUAUCUUGUGGAAAGAUGACUGAAUACACUCGUGCACAUAUACACAUUAACAUACUGUGUGUAUAUCAUCCUACACUUCAAAGAGACUUCCCCAGGAUGCCCCUUUAUCACACAAAAAUUUAUCCCCUGCCUUUUCUCAUACAGCUCGAUGCAGUUUGCAAGUAUAAUCAAAUGCACUCAAAUAGCAAUCUAUAAAAAGAACAGAAUACAGUGAAAUCCGGCAAUCAAACAACUUUUAAAUGUUGCAAUAAGAAAUGUCAUAUAAAACACAAUAAUAACCGGAUUUUAAAAAGUAAAAAAAAGCACCAACAGAAGGAUUGCAUAUAAUUCAUAUGAAAUACAAUUCAUAAAGAAAUAAAUAAUAUCACUAUGGUAGUCAAGUGAUAAAACCCAGCCUCUAAAAAUCAAAGGCCUUCCUAAAUAGGAAGGUUUUGAAGCUGCAAUGGAUGACCAACAAGGAGGGGGCAAGAUGAAUAUUUCUUUAGAUAGAGACUCUCAAAAUUUGGGUGUGGCAGAAAUGGUCCUCUCCAUUAUUAUAACAAAAUGUGGGUUUGGAACUGACAGGAUGGCCUCUGUUGAUGAUCUUAGCGAGUGGGCAGGAUCAGUUGGAGGAGCUGAUCUGGGAGGUAUGAGCAGAAGCUGUGCAUUCCUUGCACAUAAACACACUCUUCGCAUUGGAAAGGCCUUAAGUUUAUGAAGGGAGCCAGUUCCACCCAUCGCUGGACCCCGUCUUCCUCCCCUGCUAGUCCUUGAAAAGGGAAGGGUGUCAUGCUAUUAAUUCCAAGUUGUGAAAAUGCUGGCGAUGGUUGCAAAGCUGGACUCGGUGGGAAAUGUUGUUGGGGAUGCAAAGCACAAUGGGGCCGGCUCAGAUGCGAAGAGGAUUAUUUGUGUGAAGUGGUCUUGCUGUUCUCCCUCUCCCCCCACCCUGCUUUUUUUUGUGCUGCGAAAAUGCUGGCAACCAUAACGUGAUUAUUGAGGAAUAUGAUGCACCGAAAGAGGUGGAGGAGGAGAAAGAAAUGCCACUUAAGUCGCAAAAGUGCUUUUCAGCCUGAACAAUCGAAAUGAAAAAAUAAUUGCACUCCCCUUUUUUUAUUCUCUCCAGCCUUUCUUAUCAAACGACUUUAUCACCUUUUUGGUUUUAUUUUACACAUUAUUUAGACUUUCCUGUAAUCCCUGCUAUUCUACCAUUGACACCUCCUUAAUACCUUGUCUAACGCCUCUGACACUUCUGGCGCAUGCCUGUGCCCUCCUAUAAUAGGGAACAGCUUUGGCAAAGGAGGAAAAGAAUCAGGGGGUGGCUGAGUAGCGGGAGAAAAGAACAGAGGAAUUAUUUGCUGCUCAGACUGUGAAUAAUAAAGUUUGAGAAGAGAGAGGGGUGCCAGUGAACUCUUCCCUGUCAGGGUGAACUUUGCCGCCUUGUGUGAUGUCUGUCCUUGUUCAGCCACCGCCUGCAGUUUGAAGAUUGGGAAGACGUGGGAGAGGAUGUAUUAUGUGCAAGAAACGGCCUGCUAUAUGGAACCAAAGCAAAUCAGUCCCUCUUGCACAGGUGCAGACUAUGCAUCACUGUCUCCCAUCCUAUUGCCAGGCUUCGCCCUUCUAUUGGCCCCUGCUGGCCCUGGCAGAUUUUGAAUGCCAAGGAUAUUGCUCUUCCUUGCAAAUCACUUGUUCCCAUUUUUGCAAUGGCUUUACAGCCCCUGGUUCUCCCCCAAGCCAAUAUGUUCUUCUGUCUUGGCUUUGUAUAUUGUGAAGAAGACAAUGCUACCUCUCUCCCAACUAGGCACCAUCUGACAGCAUCCUCAGCUUGCUUCCUGAUGUUAUUGCAAAAGGACCACUGGGGGAUUUUUUUAGUUCAAAGGAAAGGCAAGUAAGAGAGCGGGGUAUGGCAAAGGUGUCUAAAAUGAUGCAGAGUGUGGAGAAAAAGGAUAGAAUUUUUUUUCUUCCUGUGUCAUAAUACUAGAACUUGGCUGAAUUUUGGAAAGUUCAGGACAGACAAGAGAAAAUACUUCUUCACACAGCACACAGUUAAAUUAUGGAAUUCAUUCCCACAAGAGGCCAUGAUGGCUGCCAAUUGACUUGUGACUCAGCUAUACAGCUGCAAAUAAAACGUUUUAAGUGUGUUUUAAGUGCAAUAUACAAUUGUGACGCUAGAUGGCAAUAGGGAGCCUUAUGGAAAAUUCAAUGUAUUUUUAAAAACGCUUUUACAAAAAGCAUUUUCAGAACGUUUUUUUACAUGUGUGUAGAUUCCACCUUGGAUGACUUUAAAAACAGUUUAGACACAUCCAUGGAGGGUAAGGCAUUUUUGGGCAACAUUCCCUCACGCAGAAUUGUCUGCCUGUGGACUAAUCCUGCGAACUCAGGCUGGCCAUUCAGUUGUCCUAGACAGGAAGUGUUGCAGGUUAAUGGCUCCCCCAGACAACCUGUUUUUGAAAAUUUAUCCUGAUUUGCUUGUGCAGAGCUUGCACAGAGGCUAUAUUAUGUCCACUUUUAACUGAGCUUUCAUUCUGGUUGGUUUACAGCAGGGGUCAGCAACCUUUUUCAGCCAUGGGCCCGUCCACUGACCCUCAGACCAUGUGGUGGGUCGGACUGUAUUUUUUGGGGGGGAAUGAAUUAAUUCCUAUGCCCCAGAAGUAACCCAGAGAUGCAUUUUAAAUAAAAGCACACAUUCUACUCAUGUAAAAACACACUGAUUCCCGGACCGUCUGUGGGCCAGAUUUAGAAGACGAUUGGGCCGCAUCCGGCCCACGGGCCUUAGGUUGCCUACCCUGGUUUACAGGGAGGUUAUACCUCAUCCUGUCAAAAAGUGGUUAGCCCAUUUUUGGAGCGUUUCCCAGUCACUUUCCUAACUACAAAAAGUCCACUGUCGGCUUGCUUUUAGGUGGUUCUGUUGCAGCAGAGCACUUUCUUCCACUUUUAAUUGCAGAAACCUAAAUUUCCAGUGCACAGUUGAAUCCCUCCCACCACCCAAGACUUGGCUUGAGUAACAUUGUUUAUUCUUUGCUCUGGUGUGUUCCAUUGCAUCCCUUGGGGGUCUUCCUCUUGGCUCUUCCCCUUCCUUGCUCAUCACUUCACCUACAACACAUGCCUAUGGCUCAGCCUUGACAGCAGCAUUAGAAAGCCCCUCCCAAAGCUCAUGUGGUAGAAUUGCACUUCCUGCAUCCCAUGUCUCUCUCCCCCCUCCCCCCAACUCAGCGAGUGUAUCAUGAAACCCAGCAAGGUAUUGCUUGGCCUUGUAAGCAACACAGGUAUUGCUGCUAUAUAUAUACCUGGGUCUAAUUUCCUAUUAAAUAAACUGUAUCUGUGAAGUGGGGACUUGUGGCGGCUUUAUUGUAAGUAUAUUACAUGCUAAUUCAAGCAAAUAAAUUUGCCCUGGCUGUGGAGCUGAAGCGAUUAAUAAGCCUCGAAGAUCACUUGGCUGCCCUGAUGAGUUUCUUCAAGAUAGUGGAGUAUAUUUGGGGAAAGCAUUUAGACAAGGGCUCCCCCCCCCCAAUUUUAUAGGCUUUAAUUAUUAGUGACACUGUGCAAACGGCUUCAUAUGACUGGAAUACCAACUACUUAACUCCCUGACCUUAUUAUUCAAAUAAACACUUCUUAUUAUAGCAGUGUGGCUUGUUCGUCAACACAUCAAAUCAGCUGCCACAGCAGUGGAUUUCAAUGUCCCCACUGCGUCAGCGGAGAGCAUACGGACUUCAUUAAGAAUGUAAUGGCAGCCUUUAAGGCAUCGCCACCGCCCCAACUUUAAUUUAAGCGCUAUUGUGUGUUGCUGAAUGUACAGCUUAAUGCUCUUAAAAGGGUCUCAACAGCCAUUGCCUUCCUAUCUAGGAGGGGAUGUUUGCAAAAGAAGCCUUCCACAUCUCCUUCAGCAACUUAGUGGCAAUGCAGAAACCUGCUCCCCCUGCAAAAAAUCAGGGAUAAUGUGACUUGGCCAAGGUUCCCAAAGACAUUGCUCCACUGGGCUCACAGACCUUACUAACCUACUAACAGUCAUGCACUGACGGUUACCUUUACAUCACCUAAGGCAAGGAGUGGGGAGCACUUUCAGCCUGGGGGUCCCAUUCCCUCAUGGGCAAGCUUUCAGAGGCCACAUGCCAUGUGGGGGGCCAGAGGAAAAAUGGGCAAGCAGUGGAUGUGACUCUUAACUUUGCAUGGUAGGAUAUAUUCCAGCGAUUCAAAAACAGACCCACCCUUCUCCAUCCAGCCCAGCAAGAGGCACCGUCACAGAUCAAGGACACAUUCAAGCCAGGCAAAAGCAUCUAAGGAGGGAGGGGUGGGCCUGUGAGGAGGACCAGACAGGGAGGAUUGGAGUGCUGCAAUUGGCCCCAGGCAUGACAGUUACAGGGACGCGGGUGGCGCUGUGGGUUAAACUACAGAGCUUAGGACUUGCCGAUCAGAAGGUCAGUGGUUCGAAUCCCCGCAACGGGGUGAGCUCCCGUUGCUCGGUCCCUGCUCCUGCCAACCUGGCAGUUUGAAAGCACGUCAAAGUGCAAGUAGAUAAAUAGGUACCGCUCCAGCGGGAAGAUAAACGGCGUUUCUGUGCGCUGCUCUGGUUCGCCAGAAGCGGCUUAGUCAUGCUGGCCACAUGACCCAGAAGCUGUACGCCGGCUCCCUCGGCCAGUAAAGCGAGAUGAGUGCCCCCAGAGUUGGUCACAACUGGACCUAACGGUCAGGUGUCCCUUUACCUUUAUGACAGUUACUUAUUCCUGACAAUAAGUCACACCUUCCUCCCACUGAAGUCCCUCUCCAUAGCCCAUAAGAAUGUGAGAAAAGCCUGUUUAUUGGAUCAGACCAAUGGCCCAUUUAGUCCAGUAUCCUGUUUCCAGUGUGGCCCACCAUAUGGUUCUAGGGAAGCCCACAAAGAGACGGUAGGAGCAGCAGUUCCUCCCAGCAGCUGAUAACCAGUGGUACACUACAUCUUGCCAUGGAAGUUCCUUAUAGAUAUCAUGACUGGCAGCCAUUGAUCGAUCCCCCCCGCACUUCUUUGAAUUUGAUACUGUUCUAUAAAAGCUAUCUAAGCUAGCAGCUACCUGUACCUUUAAGGCAGCCUAAAUGAAUUACACACUUAUGUCAGGGGUGGGAAACCUGUGGCCAUCCAUAUGUUCUGGACUAAGCUCCCAUCAGCCCUAGCUGGCAAGGAUGAUGGGAGUUGUAAUGCAGAAACACUUCGGUUAAAUAACUCCUCCUGACCAUCUUGAAUCUCCUGCCCAUCCAUUUCAUUGGAUGACCCCAGUUUUAGGGUUUGGAAGAGGGAGAAAAAAAUUCUCUCCACCCACUUUCUCCACACACCAUGGAUACUUUUAUAAACCUAUUAUCAUACCCCCUUCUCUUGUCACCUUCAACCCUCCAACUACCCCUAGAAAAGUUGAUCCAGCUCCCUGAUAAUUUUGGUUGUACUUUGUUACACCUUUUUGAAAUCUGCAAUAUCAUUUGUGGUAACCUUCUGCUUUAGGUACUUUCAGCAGAAGAGAGUGAUGAUGAUGAUAAUAAUCACUAUAAUUAUUUGCAUAGUCACCCCACCUUUGCUAUUGGCCAAACGAGUCUUUUUGUAUUGCUUCAAAAACCUUUCAAACAUAUUUGAUGGGAGGUGAAACUUUAGGACAUGAACAAUUUUUCAGUAUUUUAUUUACAGCCUCUGUAUUCCACCUCUUAAAUUCUCUAGGCAGCUUGCAAUGAAUAAGAAAGCCAUAUAAAUACAAAAAGAACAUAAAAUGCAGCAAAAACCAGAGACGUUGUGCCCCCACAGUUAAAACACAAAUUUAAUAACUGAGAGGCGCAGACUUCAUCAGGCCUAGGUGUGACCAGAGCGAUCUUCACCUGGAGCCAAAAAGAGCACAAAAGAUGGUACCAGGUGAACUUACCUGGGAAGGCUGUUCCAUAACUGGGGCUCGUGUCCACCAUGUAAAGCAAAGCCUUAUCCAAAAGACAUUCAGUUUUCUUUGGGAACUAUUGUCUGUCUCCAGCCAACCUGUCCACACCACACACCCCUGCAAACACCUGGUUGGGUGAUGCUGCCUCUUAUAGUAGGGAGGAAAAUGUCUCUCAAGGCACUGCCAGUCACUCACUCCUGUUGAAUGCAGACUCCAGAGCACAGGAGCUAAAAUCUCUUUUAAAGGUUAGUAUUGCCAGAUCUCAGGAGGAUGACCAAAAAUUUCAGAUUGGAGUCUCUAGCAGAAGGUCUCUAACAUUCAAUGGUGAGGGACUAGGACCAAGUAUGUUUGCUUUUUUUCCUGCUUGGCUUGACAGAGUUUUCAUUAUGAACAGGGAUAGACAGAUCAGUCUCUGCAAAUUUUGCAUAUGGUUCAUUCAUAUGCCUGUCCCGAUUUCUGUAUUAAUCUGCAUUUUUUAAAAAUGAACUGAAGAUUUGUAUUUAUAUAUUUUACUAGAAUAUACGUAUUGAAAUGUAUAUUGUGGGUGGUAUGCAAUUAAGUUUUAUUCAGAGUACACCCACUGAAUAACCACAAGGUGGAAUUUACACAUAAAAAAUGCUGUGAAAAUGCUUUUUUAAAAAACGUUUUGAAAAAUACUUAGAAUUUUGCAUAGUUCACUUUCACCAUCUAGUGUCACAUUUGUGUAUUGCACUUUACAACACAUUUAAAACAUUUUAUUUGCAACUGUGUAGCUGAGUCCUAAGUUAGGCCCAUUAAUUUCAAUAUGUAAAAUUCAGUUGAAUACCAUCCUUUACCACAGUGCCUGCAUUUCUAAGCAUAUUUUUUCCUUUAAAAAGUUCCCCUAAAAUAUGUAUAUUUAAUGUGUUUUGAUAGUCAUUUAGUUGAGAACUGUACUGCAAAGUUCAGAGAAGUAUGAAAUCAUGUUCUGGACCAUGUACUAGUUGUUGUUGUUUAGUCGUUUAGUCGUGUCCGACUCUUCAUGACCCCAUGGACCAGAGCACGCCAGGCACUCCUGUCUUCCACUGCCUCCCGCAGUUUGGUCAAACUCAUGCUGGUAGCUUCGAGAACACUGUCCAACCAUCUCGUCCUCUGUCGUCCCCUUCUCCUUGUGCCCUCCAUCUUUCCCAACAUCAGGGUCUUUUCCAGGGAGUCUUCUCUUCUCAUGAGGUGACCAAAGUACUGGAGCCUCAGCUUCACGAUCUGUCCUUCCAGUGAGCACUCAGAGCUGAUUUCCUUCAGAAUGGAGAGGUUUGAUCUUCUUGCAGUCCAUGGGACUCUCAAGAGUCUCCUCCAGCACCAUAAUUCAAAAGCAUCAAUUCUUCGGUGAUCAGCCUUCUUUAUGGCCCAGCUCUCACUUCCAUACAUCACUACUGGAUGUACUAGUUAGGGAAGCAUAAAUUUGGUCAGUUUGCUUAAAAAUGUGGACCAGGCAAAUUUUUCCACCCCAAGUGUAUGAACUCCCCUGCUCCUCAGUUUAAUCAGACUUCACUCUUAGCCACCAGGAACACCCUAACAUGCCAGAUGCCAUUAAGCUCCGCCCCAAGUACAGCAAGAUCCAAUAUAUGAAACAUUCAAUCUAGGAAUCUGAAACUGCAACUUUCCAUGUUAAACUUGGAUCGAAAGCAGGAAUAUCCAACUCCUUUCUUGUCUCAAGCCUUCAAUCUGAUCAAAGGUGUUUUUCCCUUCUGUCUCUAGUGUAACCUUCUUCUCCCUCCUUUCCCCCCCCAAAAAAGAAAAGCAACACCUUAUAGGAGAGCAUGCAAAAAACAAAACAAAAAACCCAGUGUUAAAUUUCUGCCUCUGCUGAAGCAGUGAAUCAAAUCAAUUCUCCCUUUCUUCUUUUUGAUUCCCUGAGCUUUUACAUUUUCAACCCUGUCACAGAAGAACAGGGCUGGAGAAGCAAUCCCUUUUGUAUUCCUAUUGACUCAAUUAUUUUGCCUCUUGAUUUUCUAUGAAACAGACCAGAAUGGCAGGCUGAUUGCUAAUGGUCCACGUAUUGUUAAAAGCGAUGUGUUUUGAAGGUGCUAAGUAGAAUAUCUUUUGUCUUUUUAUUUUUUUUUCUUUUAAAGAAAGAACUUGGACUGCAUUGGAGUUUUAUUUUGAUUGAUACAAACCAUAGCGGACAAGGAAGGAUAUGCAAGAUGAGCUUUUAACCAUCGGCCGGGAGAAAUAAAUGUGGCUGCAUCGUAAGCGGGUUCUCACAAUGAAAGGUCAUGCUUUGUCAUUCUCUGUCUGUGCACUACAUCGCUGACCUUACUUUUUCUUUGACCCACUUGUACUAAUAGACUAAGUCAUAUGAUACCCUGAAGAGCCAAUGAGAUUAAUCUCCUGCACACUUUGAUCGAUAGAGGCUUGGCACAGGGCGUUCUGUCGAUGUUGCAUUUAUACAAUGUCAUUGAUGAUCCGUAUUGACAGCUGAAUGGGUGUUCUCAGCAUCACAGAGGGAGCUGCUUGUCACAGUUUUUUUUUUUAACUCAAACAGCUGCUCCUUGGACAAAGAAAUAUGGCGUUGGAUCAUUCAAGUGCUAUAAUACAUAUCUUCAGGUCUCUUUCUAAAUGCUGCUCUGCUGAUCUUAACUGGGAAAUAUCCUUGCUCUCAUGGGUGCCUUAAAGAAUACAGACUAAAGAAUUGCAACUCCCAAAGCACUUGGUAAAAAGCCUGUGAGUACAGGUUAACAAACAAACAAACCCCAACGCCUCUUGUUUUUGAAAACUAAGUUUCUAGUCCUUAUAGAGACAAUGUUAAUAAUAAUAAUAAUAAUUAUACCCUGCCCACUUUGGGUGGCUUACAGCAUAUAUUGAAACAUAAUAAAAUAUCAAACAUUAAAAAUUUCCUGAUACAGG